CACUUUAUGUUUUUUUUGCUCUCUGUCGUUUCCCUCCUAUCCUCCCACUGGACGACGUUUGCAUCACAGUUUUUGGGCCGCCACCAAGUCUUGUGAUCCCAAAAGGGCCUUUACCCGCUUGCCCCAGCGCUGCUAUGCUAUGCCCCAGUCAAAUAUCUCUCCAGCGACACAAACCUCACCCGAUUUUAUGCGGAAUUGAUUGGGAAUCGCUGGUUUGAAUUCGAGCUUGUGGGCGGAGGGGAUAAACUUUCUCGUGCGGAAGAUUCUAUUCGCUUGCAUGUACCGUUUGGGGUGCAGGAUCCGAUGGUAGCCUGAUUCCGGUGAUGGUCUCGAGGAUUGAGUGCUGUGGUGAUGAACUGGUCGCUAGGGGAUGAAGUGUAGAUCAUGAUCGACGCUGCAGAUUGAAGCGAAAAGAAGUAACGAUCAAUUGGUCACGAGAGAGAGAGAGAGAGAGAGAGAGAGCGAGAGGGAGCUUAAGUGAGUGUAUGAGAGAGAUGGAGAGUGAGAGAGAGAGCGAGAGGGAGCUUCAGUGAGUGUGUAUGAGAGAGGUGGAGAGUGAGAGAGAGAGAGAGAGAGAGAGCGAAAGAGGGGUGCGUUGAUUUUUGUUCUGUAGAAGGAAUUUUCUGGUGAACACUUGAACGGAAUUUUCCUCGCGAUCCUUGUUGCGCCUGUUUCUCCAUUGUGUUGGGAAAAACAGACUGAUACUGUCCAGAAAGAUCAAGAAUAAGUGUACGGCGAGUGCCAGCUCUAUUCGUGAAAUUGAAAGACCCGUUUCCAGCUCUAGCUCCUAUCAACAGUUCAAGAUCGCCUGGCAAUUGUGCUGCUCUCCUCACAGCUUGUGAAGCGGGUUGCAUGCAGGAGAACGGGCUCGUUUUGCUCUCGAACCUAGCAAACCUGCUUACGUGGUACUAAGCUGAAUGAGCCUGAUCUUCCGUUCUUUAAUCCUUCAGGGUGAAGAGAACACUUCAAUCCCCUUGCUGAGAAUACGAGAGUGAUUGCUGGUGGUACCUAGUACUUUCGAUUUGGAGCCCCUCACCUUCUUGAAGAAAGUAAGUUUGGAACGAAUUCAAAAGGGUUCACAAGUUGCAAUUGGGGUUUGUUUCGUUGAAGAAUCGUUUCAGGACACCUCGUGCUAAAAGUAGGUUGGUGUUGAAAUAGAACUGGUGUGUUUCAGAAUAAGUAUCGGGCCUGGACACUGACUACCUCUCUUUCAGACUUUCAAAACCUCCGUAAUUCGGUUCCCUCUGAGGUAAUUCGCGGGACUAAUGCAUAUCACAUAAUUUGCUCAAGAUCCUGCCUCAAGUCAUUGAAAACUCGAAGAGAAGACUUUCCUCGAAAGAUUAACAACGGUGUACAAUCUGGGUUGGCACAUGCACCAGCGCAUCUUAUGCGACCGUUGACUUUUGAGAAGGAUAACUGGGAAACAAUUCCCACUUCAUCUGUUGACUACGCAUAAGGAUUGCUGCGGCACCUAAGAGGACAGGAGGCUUUUCAGAGCAAGUUUUGAGAAACUUUCAAAGUGAGUAUGGAGGAGUUGAAGCAGACGAGAAGUAUAAGUGCCGAUUAGAAUGAGUCAACAGGAAAGAGAAGCAGCUUUAGCUUGAAGAUGAUAUCGUAGAAAGAAUUGACUCCUUGAGGAAUCUAUUGAUCACGACUGUUUUUAGCUAGACAAAUGCAGAAGCUUGUGAAACCAAUGGUCACUAAGCUUUUCUAUCAAGUCCCACUUGUUCUCACGCCCUGCCCUUCCAUACUCUCUUAUUCAUCCAAACCCACCUCAUCCAACCAGACCCGGUGCUGCCAAAACCACCCAAUUUAGCUCAAAUUUAAGUCUUAUUCUUCCUUGCGUCCGAACACGAGCGACCAUCUCAUGAAAUAAUUGAUAGGCUUCUACCUGGUCAUAGUCACGAUAUAGUUUGUCCAAACAGUAGAAUACGUCGUUGUUAGAGAAGCUUCACUAGAUUCUUACCAAGUAUCCUUCAUUGAUAUUCCUGCAUAUAGCGGACAACCUUAAGUGCAUUAAAAAAACCGAGUACAGUCCUCCGUUCCUCUAAUCUGCUUCGUCCGCAAGACAUACUUGGAUCAUAGUACCUUUGUAUACAUGUGCUUGCUCAAAUUCACCUCAUAAAGUUAGUUGCAUUCGUAUACUGCUUUGAGACAAAUAGUCGACCAGGUGAAAGAAUUCUAUCUGAAGUACUUGGAGGUUCUUGACUCUACAACAACAUAAAAUAGACCCAGUAGAAUCGUCAGGGCAUUUUGUGAGUUUCAGACGGAGAUGGUGAUUAUGUCAUCACCUUCUGGAGGACCGGUCGCCCAACUCCAGCUGCCACCAGGGUUUCGGUUCCAUCCGACCGAUGAGGAGCUGGUUCUUCAUUACCUGUGUCGGAAAGCCGAGUCUAAGGUGUUCGCGAUUCCUGUUAUUGCCGAAAUUGACCUGUAUAAGUUCGACCCUUGGGACCUUCCUGGAAAAGCAAUUUUCGGAGAGAGGGAAUGGUAUUUCUUUAGUCCUAGAGAUAGAAAGUACCCUAAUGGAGCCAGGCCCAACAGAGCGGCCGCUUCAGGGUACUGGAAAGCCACAGGGACAGACAAACCAAUUCAUACCGCAGUAGGGGGAAUCCGGAAGAUUGGAGUGAAGAAGGCACUCGUGUUCUACGAAGGCCGGGCACCAAAAGGGGUGAAGACCAACUGGAUUAUGCAUGAGUAUCGGUUGGCCGAGGGAGUAUGUGCAUCUGUGCACGCUCACAGAAAAGGCUCCCUUCGUUUGGAUGAUUGGGUACUCUGCCGGAUCUAUAAGAAGAGUACAAAUGCGCAGCGUACUGGGAAGGAGCGUGACAGCUCUUCCUGUGUUGAAGAGGUGCUAGCCUCGUUGCCAGAGAUCGAUGACCCCAAGCUAGUACUCCCUCGCCUCGGCUCGUUCACUGGAUUUCCUGAACCAGAGGACAAUCAUUUCAUGGACAGCUUGCUCUUGGGGGAGAACAAAUCUGUGGAUGCAGAAUCCUCGCCCGAGUUUAAAAGAAGCGUUCUGGGCCUCCAAAGAGGAAUGCAACCCCAGCCAGGGACUCUAGGAAGCCACAUUUUGUCGGCAUUUAAUUCAAAGUUUCCGUUUGGGUGGAAGAUGCCCAGGCCCGUGGAUGGCCCCUUCGACAGCCAGCAGUUCGACAAAUUCAACCGACAGCUGCUGGAGCUAGGACCGACUUCCUCCCAGCGACCAACGACUCUGAGUCUACGACAACCCGCUCCCGACAGCGCCAUGCGCCAAGUUGAGAACGUGCUCAUGCCACUCCGGCCUGGCACUGGAGCGAUUCCUGAGAAUCGAACAAUCUCCGACGAGGAGGUCCAGAGCACAUCCCGGGCUUCCUCAAUGGGUCAAUUUUCUGGUACCAGUAACAACGAAGGUCUGGAGUCGAUCUUCACCUUCAACUACGAGCAGCCGCGCUCGACAAUCAAUGCAAUGCUUCCUGCACCGACCACGGGCCCCAACACUGAGCUGCGAUUUUCAGGAAGUGGCAUGAGCGCCAGCCAGCCUCAAUACACUCAAAGUCGCGCACCAAACUACAGUUACAACCCUUCUUCGGCGUGAGGUUAGUUAACCCAGAGACCAGUAAAGCCCACUGGCUGCCAUGACGUGCACACAUCUGUUUGUUGUUUGCAUAGAGCAGAUUGGAGUUAGACUUCAAUUAGUGGCUAAAUCGGUUCGGUAUAAUGGUCAUGGUCAGCCUAUCGAGUAAUGUUAAAAGGAUAAGUUUACUCAACCCUUAGAUGGGUUUCAAUGAUCAGGAGAGUACACCCAGAUCGUAUAGCAACGCACACGACGAUGGUCGAAUAUACAUGCAAAGAUAAUGGUCUUACAAGAUUUAGAGAUUCUGUCAAUCAUUUUAAAUAAUUAGGUAUUGUCGACAGAGAAUAUGAGAGAACCACUUCGUUACAUGGCAACUUUGGGAUGCUUAAGCAAGAUACCUGGUUUCUAAAAUUGGUCGUUGGCUAAUGUCUUACAAGACAAAGGCCCUAAUUAUACAUAGCGUAUACAUAGUGAAGUACAGAAAAGCUUGUAUAGGAUUGAUCUUAGAUGCAUCACAAGUUGCUGGAGUAGCAGAUUUUAGACCAAGGGCGUCACUAUAAGAUCGCCCUGUUGUGCAUUAUUCCAAGUUGGCUGACAUACAAGGGGGUCCUUUAUUGAAGCA